UAAGCUAAAGUAAGGUAUAUACGUGACUCUCUCUCCCCUUCCAAAGAUUCCUUUGUGUUUUUUUCACUUAUCUUGCCUUUUACAUAUUCCUUACCCGUGUAAGGCAUGUAAAAAUAUUCUUCAGUCAUAAUCCAUUUUGCUUAUAAUAAAAACAUCUCUUGAUUUUUCUAACUUUACAACUCUAUGGUUCAGGAGUCACAGCAUUCCAUAUAAGAGUGGAUGAUCCAAUAAAUGCAGACACCUCGAGUCACAACCAUACAGGUCCGAGUGGAUUGUAACGGAUGCGCGCAGAAGAUCAAGAAAGCACUCAAUGGCAUCAAUGGUAUACAUGAUCUGCGCAUCGACUUUGAUCGACAAAGAUUAACAAUAAUUGGAUGGGCAGAUCCAGAUAAAAUUGUCAAAGCAAUUAAGAAGAAGGCAAGGAAGAAUGCCACCAUUAUAUGUUCCAAUAUUGAAACAUCUUCAUCUAAACCAACAAAACCAAAACCAAAAGAAAAUCAACCAACUCCACAGGCGCAAGGAACAUCGUUUCCAGAACCAAUGUUUGAGGCAACAUCACCAAAACCUGCAUGUCAUAAUGCAAGAAAACAGUGGCAGUACAACCCCGGAAAUGAAGAUGAAGAACAGGUUCAUAUGUUACACCAUCAUCAGCCUAACCAAGUUAACAGACUCAGUUCUGGCCACAACUAUGUUGACGACAGAGACAGAUCAUCAUAUCACAAUGGUCCUGUAUUUCUACAAGAGCCAUCUCAAAUCCAACCACUGAAUGUCACACAUAGUUACAAUACAUACAUGCCAUCGUCUUAUGUCACUGAAUAUGAAUGUGUGCGAUCAUCAUCAUGGCACACACAUUACAGGCAUAUGGAACACUACAAUGGAGACUUCAAUAAUAACAAUGUAAACAUAGCAGCCAUGUUCAGCGAUGACAAUCCAAAUUCAUGUUGCAUAGUCUAGUAUAGGGCAUUAGACAUAGAGAAGAGAUACACUAUACUUUCCAAUGUAGUGAUUCUGUAACAUAAUAUCAUUUGAAAGUUAGGUAGAAAAUAAAGACUUUUUAGUUUGCACUUUGCACACGACAUUAGGGAAAACAAGAAUAAUAUUCCUAACUUCUGUGCUGAAAAAUAACUUGUAUUGUUGAUGCCUUUCGUCGAAGCGAAAAAGCACUUCAUAUGUAAAUAUGCAAAUUCCUGAAUUGGUAAUACAGAAACAUGGUCAGGUUGACAAUAGAUAGAAA